UUCCGGUGACGCAGACAACAUAACCAUGGUGUUAUCGCAGACUCACAGAGGCCUAGCCGAAGCUGUCGCUGUUUCAGUCUUUUUUUUAGCUUUUAAAAGUUAAUUGUGACGUUUUAGUCACCUAUGAAAGUUUUGUUCAAUGUUUUGUUGUACGUAAAGACCCUCCAAGCAGUUGGAUAUUCAGUUUUUCCAGGAAAGACAAACACAAACUGAGAGAAAUGAUGAAACACAGACUGGCUUCAUGUGCAGCGGCCAGAGAGAGUCAGCAGAUGUACAGACACGUCUGUAUCCAGUGGUGGAAAGAAGUGUCAAAACUCGGGCUGGAGAGCAGAGUCUUUGUGGCCCUCAAAGGUGAACAUCUCGACAUUAACUGUGAGUUGCAUCUGCCAGCGAAACAAAGCAAAGACGUCCUGAGGUGCUUCGAUCCUCACCAUAAAGAGAUAUAUAGCUGUGAAACCCCUGAGACAGGAAACCAGUCACAUUACUCCAAUCUGACUUUGGAGCUGAAAAACCUAGAAACUUCUGGAGUAUACAGCUGCAAAUACAAAACAGAGAUGGUGUACUGGUUUCUUCGAGUGGGAGGUGCAGGCUACCAUGAGCCCGCAACAUGGGAAUACACAGUGUUGGGCAGCUUCAACGUCAUGCUGCUGGUUUUCAGUGUGGUGGGAUCAGUGUUUGUCUUCAGAGGACAUGGGAAAGAAAGCAUCGCUGAAGGUGGUGACACCGGCAGAAAACGAAAGCAGAACAGAAACAAAAUGGAGAGAGAGAGGGAGGAAGACGGCAUAGAUUCUAUAACAGCUACGUCUACCUCUUUCUAUGCUAGUCUAGAGACUCGGCCCAGGUCCAUUUAUGAUGUGCUGGAUCACUCGGCCGCCAAUAAAGUGCCGGGUCAAAGCAAAGCCAAAGCCAAAAAAACGAUGGAACAAACCAAACAAGACCAGAACGAAGGCAUAUUUGAGUCUGUCUAUGAGAAUUUUUGAAUCAUAAAUAAACUUUUGUCAACAGAUUGUGAUCCAGUAAUUAUGGCUAAAAUGAUCUCAGUAUGCUUUGUCGUGUCAUUGUCACCACUGUAAGAGAAAAUAUUUAGAUUCAUUAAAAGUAACAAAAUCACAAUAUAAAAUAUUGUUACAUGUAUAUAUUUUGAGUAAAAAUACAAAAACAUUACUGGCAUAAUAUACUCAGAGAACAAGCAGGCUAAAUGAUCUCUGUUAGUGUUAUAGUUUAAUGUAUUAUGUUACAUGUGUUACAUUUUAAUGUUGUAGCUAGUAUAAGUAAUCCUGUCAUCACCAAUCAUGUACUGUAUUAGAUAUUCUUUCAACAAAGCUAUUUAGGCUUAAAAUAUGACUGUAUAUUAAGUAGUUACUGUAGCUGUUAAGUAAAUGUACUGCCAGCUGCUGUCGAUGCUUAUCUCAUUCCUGCAAUGAUUAUUCAGCACUGUACUUUUACUGAAAAAUUUCAAUAAAGAAGUUUUGACUAAAAAGAAAAAUUAAAAUAAAGACUGCAGUG